AUGCAAGGUCCAUCCAAAUCGCCAGCCCGCCAGCCCUCACCACUGGCAUGCGUGCCCUGUCGUCGGCGACACCUAAAGUGCGACUCGGUUAUGCCAGUCUGCAGUCGUUGUCAAGCUUCUGAUAUAGAAUGUCGUUAUGUCCGCUCCCGGAGGGGUAUGCGCAGCAAGCAGGACACUCCCCCGUCGCCCAUAUUCAGCCAUGCUGUGCCCUUGUUCGAUGUGGAUGCCUUUUCCAACUGGCUCAGCAACACGCCCCUGCCCCCGGAUCUAGAUGCAGGUGAAGCAUUGUUCCAAUCGCUCAGCACGCCGCAAACUCUGGACGUGCCCAGUCUCUCAGACGACACAAUGAUCUGGCGGGAACCAGAACAGCAGCUUUCCACUCCGGAUGUGGCCUAUGAUCCCAUGAUUCAGUUGUAUUAUCAGAACUUUCAUCGGUCGCAUCCGCUCUUAGUCCCGAGAAAGGCCCUCGCAUCUCCUCUCCUCGAAAAGAUUCCCGUUUAUAUCUUGUCCAUCAUGCGCUAUAUCGGCGCGCACUACUACCCCGAUCCAGCAUUCAAGGAAGAGUUUCGGCAGUCAGCCUACAUGGUGGUAGCAGAUUCCACAAUAAGUGACGGAUUUAAAGUCCAAGGUAUGCUUUUGCUAGCCAUCGUCGAGCAUGCACAUGGUCAAGACGAUAGUGCCCACCAAAUGAUGCAGACUGCGAUCAACCUCGCUUUGGACUUAGGCAUUCACCGCAGCAGCUUUGCUAUCGAGAACUCCGCAAGCAAUUUCAUGAUGGAAGAGAGCUGGUGCAGGACAUUCUGGGAGCUCUACGUCGUCGAUGGCUUAUUAGCCACCGUGAGGAACCGAAUUUCAUUCCGUCUGUAUCGUCAAAAGACAGAUGUCAGGUUGCCUUGUCCGGAGGAUAUCUAUAAUUCUGGUAGUGCGGUUGUACCCAUCAAACAGACGCUGGACGAGCUGGAGCGGAGCUGGAAUCUUGGGCAGCAGAACUGCCCUUCCUCAUUUGCAUAUCGGGUGCAUGCCGUCCGGAGUCUAGGAAAGGUCAUAGAUGUGAACCAUUCAUUAGAAAUGGACCUAGAAGAACAUGUCCAAAUCGUUGAUGCUAGACUUGCAUCUACACUGAUGCGACUGCCUUCGUCACAGGGGUCAGGGUACGACAGCUCCAAUUUCGACGAGCAAUUAUUUCAAGCGGAGAUGAUCACCUAUGUAGGAAUGAUAUACCUUCAUCACCCACGAUCUAGCAUGCGUUUUGCCUCUUUCGAUUGCCAGACCUCAUGCGUUCGGCUGAGAGCAGAGCGCGAGUCCAACGCCGUCUCCACGGCUCUGGACCUUCACUCGCAGAAGUUCCUCCGAGCAGCGGAUCAAUUAUCCAACCUGGUCACUCUACCCAACCCAAUCAAAUACCGGACUCCUUUCUUUACGUGCGGUCUGGCCAUGUGCAUCGUGGUCCAUACCGCGGCGUGCUUGGCAACACCGACCGCACAUAAGGGAGAGAGCCUCAAGGCGCGAAUCCAGCUGGCAGUUGGUGGGUUGAAUGUGCUGGGGAAAGUCUGGCCGCUGGCCAGGACCGUGAGGCAGCAAAUGGUAGAUAUGUACCAGGAGGUGGGACUGCGUUGA